CCUGGGUUUACGCCAACGGUGCUGACGUGACGUCCUCGUGGGGUACGUAGACGGAAGAAAACCGAGGCGGAGCGGGCGCCCGCAGCAGCCCGGCGUGGAGCGCCGCCGGGAGGGUGGCUGGCUGAGCGCAGGCGAGACAGAUUGAACUCACAACCUUGUGCUUGCCAGACAGGUGCUUGUACCGCUGAGUUAAAUCCCCGUCCCCAUCAUUUACUUUUAAAAACACAUUGUGCAGAUACCGGAUUAGUGACUACGUCUCACCAUGUUGAGUCAAGUUUACCGCUCUGGAUUCCAGCCCUUCAACCAGCGUCUUCUGCCUUGGGUCCAGUCCACAGCUGCCUCCAGAUUGUAUUGUGGCCAGCAUUCAGCCAUGAGACAUGUGCGUUCUUGGAGCAACAUCCCCUUUAUCACAGUACCCCUCAGUCGUGCCCAGGGAAAGUCCUUUGCCCACCGCAGUGAGCUAAAACAUGCCAAGAGAAUCGUCGUGAAACUCGGCAGUGCUGUGGUGACCCGAGGGGAUGAGUGUGGCCUGGCAUUGGGGCGUCUGGCUUCUAUUGUGGAGCAGGUAUCGGUGCUACAAAAUCAGGGCCGAGAGAUGAUGCUGGUGACCAGUGGAGCUGUAGCCUUUGGCAAGCAGCGAUUGCGCCAUGAGAUCCUUCUGUCUCAAAGCGUGCGACAGGCCCUGCACUCAGGGCAGAACCAGCUGAAAGAGAUGGCAAUUCCAGUCUUAGAGGCGCGAGCCUGUGCAGCUGCCGGACAGAGUGGGUUGAUGGCCUUGUAUGAGGCCAUGUUUACCCAGUAUAGCAUCUGUGCUGCCCAGAUUUUGGUGACCAACCUGGAUUUCCACGAUGAGCAGAAGCGCCGGAACCUCAACGGGACACUUCAUGAACUCCUUCGGAUGAACAUAGUCCCCAUUAUCAACACAAAUGAUGCUGUUGUCCCCCCAGCUGAGCCCAACAGUGAUCUCCAGGGGGUAAAUGUUAUUAGUGUUAAAGAUAAUGAUAGCCUGGCUGCCCGCCUGGCUGUGGAAAUGAAAACUGACCUCCUGAUUGUUCUUUCAGAUGUAGAAGGACUCUUUGACAGCCCCCCAGGGUCAGAUGAUGCAAAGCUCAUAGAUAUAUUUUAUCCCGGGGAUCAGCAGUCUGUGACAUUUGGGACCAAGUCUAGAGUGGGAAUGGGUGGCAUGGAAGCCAAGGUGAAGGCAGCUCUCUGGGCUCUACAAGGUGGCACUUCUGUUGUCAUUGCCAAUGGAACCCAUCCCAAGGUGUCUGGGCAUGUCAUCACAGACAUUGUAGAGGGGAAGAAGGUUGGCACUUUUUUUUCAGAAGUAAAGCCUGCAGGCCCAACUGUUGAGCAACAGGGAGAAAUGGCUCGAUCUGGGGGAAGGAUGUUGGCCACAUUGGAACCUGAGCAGAGAGCAGAAAUCAUCUAUCAUCUGGCUGAUCUUCUGACAGACCAGCAAGAAGAGAUCUUAUUAGCUAACAAAAAAGACCUGGAAGAAGCAGAAGGGAGACUUGCAGGCCCUCUGCUGAAGCGUUUAAGCCUCUCCACGUCUAAACUGAACAGCCUGGCCAUCGGGCUGCGGCAGAUUGCAGCUUCCUCGCAGGACAGUGUGGGGCGUGUUUUGCGCAGGACCCGAAUUGCUAAAAACCUGGAACUUGAGCAAGUGACUGUUCCAAUCGGUGUUCUACUGGUGAUCUUUGAAUCUCGCCCUGACUGUUUGCCCCAGGUGGCAGCAUUGGCUAUUGCAACUGGCAAUGGAUUGUUACUCAAGGGUGGGAAGGAGGCUGCAAACAGCAACCGGAUUCUUCAUCUCCUGACACAGGAAGCCCUUGCGAUCCACGGAGUAAAGGAGGCAGUACAGCUGGUGAAUACCAGAGAAGAAGUUGAAGAUCUUUGCCGCCUAGACAAAAUGAUAGAUCUGAUCAUUCCACGUGGCUCUUCCCAGCUGGUCAGAAACAUCCAGAAAGCAGCUAAGGGGAUUCCAGUGAUGGGGCACAGUGAAGGGAUCUGCCACAUGUAUGUGGAUUCAGAGGCCAGCGUCGAUAAGGUCACCCGACUUGUCAGAGACUCUAAAUGUGAAUAUCCAGCUGCCUGUAAUGCUUUGGAGACUUUAUUAAUCCACCGGGAUCUUCUGAGAACAUCAUUAUUUGACCAGAUCAUUGAUAUGCUGAGAGUGGAACAGGUAAAAAUUCAUGCUGGCCCCAAGUUUGCCUCCUAUCUGACCUUCAGUCCCUCAGAAGUGAAGUCACUCCGAAUAGAGUAUGGGGACCUGGAAUUGUGCAUUGAAGUGGUGGACAGUGUCCAGGAGGCCAUUGACCACAUCCACAAGUACGGCAGCUCCCACACGGAUGUCAUCGUCACAGAGAAUGAGAAAACAGCAGAAUUCUUCCUCCAGCACGUUGACAGUGCCUGUGUGUUCUGGAAUGCCAGCACACGUUUCUCUGAUGGCUACCGUUUCGGACUUGGAGCUGAAGUGGGAAUCAGCACAUCACGAAUCCAUGCCAGGGGACCAGUGGGACUUGAAGGACUCCUUACUACCAAAUGGCUGCUUCGAGGACAGGACCAUGUGGUCUCAGACUUCUCAGAACAUGGCAGUUUAAAAUAUCUUCAUGAGAACCUCCCUGUUCCCCAGAGAAACACCAAUUGAAAAGUGCCAGCAAACCCAGGAUGUUACAAGAAUCUUCCCAUUUAUACUAGUCCCAAGGACCUGUGGGGAGAAGCCACGUGUUUUUUUUUUUUUUUUUUUCUACUUCCUGUAAGGGUCUACCUGUUGAAAAGUACAUCUGGGGUACAUUAGGGUAGUAGAAUUAACCUCUGCAAAUCUGGAGUGCUCAGUUGAUACUGUUGGUCUUGGAUAAUAUGCAUAUCCCAUUCUACUCUUUUAGUAAGAAAAUUACUCUUAUGGAUAGGGACUUCGAUUUGCUCAGUCCAGCUGUAUUCAGUGAUAGAAGCAAAGCUGCAGCUUUCUCUCAUAAAAGGCAAGAGAAUAAUCCUGGCUGCUUUUGUGAGGCAAAGUGUCCCUUGGCACGUGGUCGGUAACAGAACCAUCAUGCCUAGGAAGUCAGUCUUUCAGUGUUCCAUUGCUUCUACACAUAAUCCUCUUCAAACAGGAGGAGCUGAGAUUUAAAACAAGGAGCAGCUCUUUCUAGCAUUCUCAUCAGAAACAGGGACAGAAAUGUAUGAAUUAGUUCAAAUGGGAAGAUUGGCCUUUUCUGUGAUUGGUGGCAUUGGUAAAUAAGCAUUCCAGACAUCAGCAGGCUGUCCCCAUCCAGGAGAGGCGCCUACCUGUGGUGCAGUUGGAACCUGAGUACAGGUUAAGAUGUUCCCAAUGAGCAGGAGGAAUAUUUACAGCUAUUAUGCUUGAAAUUUUUAUAUGAAUUAUUUUGCCAUCGUGUCUUUUUCCUCCAAUACAGAGAUUAGAGGAUUAUUUUAAUACUCUGAAUUCUUCCCUCCUUUUUAAUAAAUAAAAUUCUUAUCAAAAGCC